CGUCGGGAUUGCUCCACUGUGAAUGGAAAAUGCCCAUAAUAAGGCAAACGGACGUCGAGUACAAUUCACCUGCAUACAAUAGCUUAGUAGUUUAGUACGAUACACAGCAUCCGACGCGCGGCUACCUCGCGAAACGUAUUAUUUCAAAUAAAAUUAUUCGCCGCGGAAUUUGUAAUGACAUAAGUGCGAAGUGGGUGUUCAAUAGUGGUAUUAAAUUUAUUACGUCGUACAAACACGCAUCGAACGCGUAUUUGUUUGUAGAAAAGUGAUGAUAUUUUUGCGUGCACUUUAAUUAUUUAACACUUAACGUCAAUUCUAGUCAAGGUGCUGGAUCGCACGAUUUCCCGAAUAGUAUUUCGUUAUAUUUUUCCAUAAAGUUCUAUAAAAAAGGGAUGUAGGUAUUAUGUGCAAUAUAGAAUGGUGUUUCUCAAUAAAAAGUGACGUGUGAAUAAUAAUGUCGCAAAAAGGAUUUAAAACUGACUCGAUCAUAAUCAUUAGUGUUGGUGUCUUCUAGUCAAAAUUAGAUUUUUUUUAUACUUUCAUGGUGACCGUUUUCUCUUUAAGUGAUCAUGGCGCCAUCAAGCGGCGGCCGCGAGUACUGUUAAGGUUUCUUUCGGUCCCUUCAGAACCGAUAGAUGGCGCCAAAAUUAGUUAUAACUACUCGGCUGAACCGGGGGAUACAAUAGCAACAACCAAAGAAGAGGAAUGGGUGACUCGCAAGAAAAGCGAGGUGACCACGACCAGGCAGAUUGCCACCAGGGUCAAACGAGAGCUGGUCUUGGAAGAUGGACGAAUCCUGAGCGACUCCGGGCCAAAAGUAUCCACGUCAGUUAAUGAAGACACUCACACUACAAAUUUUCAACAAACCGAACACAGAGCGCCGGAUGAAGUCCCCGAUGAGGUGGAUGGACCCAUUGGUGCACUCGAUGGAGUGGUUGGCGGCGAGUUGGCUCCGGCUGACGUCAAAGUGCUGGUUUCCUCCAGCGUGGUCGCGAACCCUGACGGGAAGGUGCGCGAGAGUCGGGACCUCAAGGUGCUCACCAAGAAUGUGGUGGAGCGGGUCAAGGAGACAGAGGAGAGGUUCCACAGAGGAGACACCACCCAUGAUGCUCUCAUAGCGGCUGUGAACGAGACUCCCGAGGAAGACAUUCGAGAUGCUCUGAAGCAGCAGACUGAGCAACAACUGGCUGUAGUGGCUCGAGGGCCCAGGCUCGUGAGGGACACUGUCGCCUACCACACCACCAUUGAUACUGAUGACACGGAGGAACUGAGAGCGUUGCGACCUGAUGGCACGAUCGUGACCGAAACACGACACACCAAGGAGCAGGAGCGGCUGUGUGACGACGAACUUUCGAAGGACGAGGUAAAAUCUCUGGCCAGCGACAAGAGCAUUCUAGAGGAAACUGGCGGUAGAGAGCGGCGCAAGCGCGUGGACGUAGAACGCAGCACGGAUCUGAUGGCGGGCGGCGUGAGGGUGGCCACGCAUUUGCACUCUAGAACGCGCACUGAAGAGGCUGAGAAAGAAGGAAAACCUAAUAUGGACGACGAUUGGGAUAGUUUAUCUAUUCGCAUGCGACGGCAACGCCGCCUACGACUGAAUGAUCACGACAAAGAUUACUCGAAACGCCCCCUCGACUUCGACGUAGAAGAGGAGACGCGCAAAAAGGAAACAUCAAAGUGGUUAGAGAGUCACUUUGGGAGCGAAUCAAGAUCUUCACACGAUUCUAUCGCCGAAGAAAUUGGACGGCGCCCUGAACCAACUUUUUAUAAAAACAAAAACGCUGAAGACGAAGGCUACUACGGAAAAACUUCCUCAUCAGUACCACAACCACCUGUGUACCCUGAUCGUGUGCUACGCAAGACAAAAUCUUCCACGCCCUCCGAUGAACGCGCAGCAGCUCCGGUAAAUAGGACUGGUGGUUAUUUCAAAGGAGUAGCGGAUUGGUCCCAAAGACGUGCCAGCAAACCUAGAAUGCCAGAACCGCGUAGCUCGUCGCCAUCUCCGCCAACAGUGCGCUCGCCAUAUGCUAGCGACGAUCGCUUGAAUGGCUCUUCGCCGAGACACGUGUACGGGAAGCGUGAUUCGCCCCAGGGAAGGUCAUCGCCGAUCACUCGUCGUCCACCGCCCUCGCGCGACGACUCCGCCUACGUGUCCUCAUCGACAAUGCACAGUCCGCCACGCGGAUCACCGUUUCGACCUCUAGAAGUCGAUCGUACAUUCCGAGAACCGUCAGUGGAAGACGACUAUAGGCCUGUGGCACCGGAAAGAAAAAGACACUUAAAACAGAGACUCUCCGAAGAAAACAGAUAUGACAGUGGCUACAGAAGUUCAUCUAGGAAUGAGAAUUCAGGUAGAUCGAGAGAUAGCCGCGAAGAGGUCGCUGUUGAGCCCCCACCGGACUACUCUCCGCCUAGAGAACGACGGGGUAGUUCCGACAGGGACCGAACCCCGCCACGGCGAAGGGAUCGGGAUGAACGUAAACAGAAUCAGAAGACGCGUUUCGCGGACUACGGCCGGCGCCCGUCUCCCGUUCGGAAAUCUGUCGGGUCGGCGAUAGGGAACUCUAUAAGGAAGUUGGUUGGGAAGAUUCGGUCGGCAUCUGCUGAGCGGAAGGCGCGGUGGCGCAGCUCGCGGUCGCCGUCCCCGGCGGAGCACUCUUCGCGGACGUACAAGCAGUACGGCGGCGAGCUGGCGCCGCCGGUGGCCCCUACCCACCGGUACUACCUCGGGGAGGACCCUUUCGCGCCCAGCAUCUACGGCCGCGAGCACAAGUACGAGGGCAGUGCGAGACGACCGGCCGCUGCCGACGCGCGCGAUCACAGAGAACGGGGCCAAUUCUCGAACACACUGGGUCGAUUCAGUCACUCAACAAGUAGACUGAACCCGAACAGCGAGCCCGAAGAAGACUAUACCCGCAGCGCGCAGACCUUACCACGUAAACUCCACGAUCGCAAAGAAAAACCCACCGAGAAACCGAGCUCCAACAAAUAUUGGCACCGACUAACGCCCAACAAACGAUCCACCAGUGCAAUUAAUAUUUCAAACAACGUAUCUUCUUCUCCAGACGGAAAAAUUAACGGAUAUCCACCAGGUCCUGCGAAACCAGCCCGGACCUACAAAGCUCUCAACAGAAGUAAGAGUUUUGCUAUGGGAGCUCCUGAACAGGAGACACACCCUCGUUACGUCUCGAGCAUGAAUCGAAACUAUUCAACGAUGUAUAAAUCAAACCCUCAUCUUAGUCGACUGGAUGAAACUCCGGAACAACUGAAGAGUCCUGGCAUUGUGUCCAUUAUUAACCGCAGUCAACGAGAUCUUGCUGAUGCCGUUUCCCGAGAAACUGAACGUAGACGCGACGGCUUGUUUGGCGCUCGAUAUGGUAAAACUACCCCAAUAAGCAACGGACAUAGCAACGGAUAUGGAAAAUCUUAUGACGAAACCGAUAAGAAAAAGAUAUUUCUAAAAGGUUUACGUGAACGCGCUCCUGAUUUAUAUCAAACUCUGCAUGCGGAUGAUGAGUCAGAUGGUAGCAGGUUAUCAUCGCGAUAUGGCACGCCAUCGCCUCAUUACAAAGAUCGUAUAUCAGAAGAAAGGAAAGUUCCGUUGUACAAAACAGAUUCGUUGAAUAGGGACACGAGUCCUUUCGUAUCUCGAUUGGAAACAAGGUUGAAAUCUCCAGCUCUACGAAGAGGAAGUAAUAGCAGUGACAAUUAUUCAGAGACGUAUAGGUACCAGACGCGUUCAGGUGAUCCCGAACGUCCAAGUGUUACUGACACUAUAGAAACUGUUAGCAAGAAAAUCGUUCCGUCGAGAGAUGGUCGUGGAAAAGAAAUAAUUGAGUCAAGAGAAAUAAACUCUGUGACCAAGAGCAGAGGGUACAAAGAACCAGUCUCGAAUGUUAAAUAUAUUGAAAAUGGUAUUCGAUCUCCAUUGGGAUAUGAAACUAAAAAUGGUUACGCCGAACGGAGGAGUAGUAAUUAUAAAGUGUUGGAGAAAAUAAGAGAUUAUUAGACAUUAUUAUUAGAGAGAUAAAGUCUAUUUUUCAAAACUCCAUAUUUUCAUAAUUUAUAACUGGGUCUAAACAGCCUUGAGCCUGAAUAAUGGACCUUAUUUUAACUAAAAAAUAUUGUAUGCCAUAUAUUUGUAUGAAGCAGAGUCAAUUGCAGACUGAUUCUUGUAUGAUCUGUUCGCGUAUAUUUUAUUCACAUAUGUAACUAUUCAUAGGUUGCUUUAUAUUCUGUAAAAAGUCAUAUAGCCUUACUAAUUUAAUUCUAAUACUGAUCUAAUUCCGUCCAGUCUAACUAAUCGUAAUAUAUUAUUUUUAAGAUGACAAUUCGACUUGUGAAUACAUUUUCUUAACAACCUAAGCCUGAGAAUUAAUUUUAUUCUAAGGAUUUUGUAAUAAACCUACAUCAAUAAAUAAUGUGUUAAUUUGCACUA